GAAGGGAUUAUAGCGUUGAGCAGAUGGCCUUCAUCAGUAGCUACGACAUGGGCGAGUUGAUGGCACCCGAAAAUAUGGAUUCCGGCUCUGAACCAUCGGCGACCGGAGAUGAAGCUCAACCCAGUACGAAAGACGUCGGCGACGGAGAGGAAAAACAUAUUCCGGACGCUGAUCAUGAAGGAGACCCGGAUAACACAAAUGUAGAUGAUGGUACACCAGACGUCCAUGUAGAAGUUGGGAUGUUGUUUGCGGGAAAAGAUGAAGCCUAUGAUCACUACAAGAAUUACGCAAAACGUAUAGGUUUUCCCAUUAGAAUUAGGAGCUCCACGAAAGACAAACAAGGAAACAUAACAGGAAUGUUAAUUGAAUGUGGCCGUGCUGGAAAUAGAGUUUCAAAGUCAACAAAUUUGUUGUUGCCUGGAGCUACUAGUGCAAUUGGUUGCAAAGCCGGAAUCAAAGUCAUGUAUGACUACGCCGGGUCAUGGGUUAUUUCAAAAGUGCAUGAACAGCAUAACCACCCCAUGAGUCCUACCAAAACUAGAGCUUUUCGUUGCAAUAGGAGAUUGACUAUGAGCGCGAGGAGAAAAAUUGAAAUAAAUGUUGUUGCCGGAAUUCCUCUUCACAAAACCUACACCUCUGCCGUAGUUGAAGCGGGCGGUUAUGAGAAUUUACCAUUCAUUGAAAAGGAUUGUAGGAACUACGUUGACAAGGUUUGCCGCUUGCGUUUAGGAAAUGGUGACGCCAUUGCAAUUCAAAGUUUCUUUUGCAAAAUGCAAGCGGAGUGCCCCAGUUUUUUCUUUGCCCUUGAUGUAGAUGAUGAAUCUCGCCUUCGCAAUGUCUUUUGGGCAGACAAACAGUGCCGGUAUGCUUAUAGAGAUUUUGGAGAUGUGAUAACUUUCGAUACAACUUAUCUCACCAAGGCAGUAAAUAUUUUUAAGGAAUAAGAUAGUAGGUGUAAUUUAUAUUUUGAAGGCAGUUAGGCGGCCGUUCUUGUGUCGGGUCACAUCUCGGUUGAUGGGAGGAACCGAGCUUUUUUAAGGAAUAAGAUAGUAGGUGUAAUUUAUAUUUUGAUUAAAUGAAGUUGUAUGUUGAUUCACGCGUUUUACCCAUG